CAACAUGUUUUCUUGCUCACUCCCUGUUUUUACUCACAUGUCCGCGAAGUCCACAGUAAGUUUUAUCCCUUUGUGGUGACAGCUAAUAAAUAUUAUCUCCAAGUGAUUUUGUCUUAAAGAGAACAUGUGAUCUGUAACACAUUUAAUCAGGCACUUUCCGAAGGAAUCCCCAAACGACCUUAUACUGGACAUCGUGUGCACUGCAUAGGGUCAAGAAGAAGCUUCAUGAGAUCAUAUAUGUCUCAUUUUAAAACAACUACUUUAUUUUAUAUUGCGAACUCUUAGUUUUUUUUUUACUUAAUUCUUUAACAAGUGUGCACCUUGAGAUGUUUUGGUACUUUAAUACCCGAGGAGGUCAGGAAUAGCACUUGACAUGCAGAUAGAUAGGUACUUUCGGAUUUUGUCCUUUAUCUUGUAUCACUAGUCGUAUUUGCAAAGCCUGACCUCCGCAUCAUCAUGAGUUUGCGGAUCCUGCUGCACGUGCACAGCUGUGUCCGGCUUGUGUCCACGCGUCACGCGCACGAGCUCGCAUCCCUGCGCCAGGUCUCUCUGCUGCCGGAGAACAAGCGCCUGGGUCUCCUGUAUCCGUUCAGCAGUCUGGAGGCACACCUGUCACGACAAAUAGACAAGACACCAUUUCACCUUUUCCAACCCGAACUGGGAGCCCUCCAGUGUGCGGAGAGACUCUUCACUCCAUCUCCCAAACACCAGAUACUCUACUCUUCAUCAGCUGUGCACAUAGACCACAUGCCUGACCUCACACAGCCUGAGGUGUGUUUCAUAGGCAGGAGCAACGUUGGCAAGUCGUCUCUCAUCCGAGCCCUGUUCGCUCUCGCGCCAGAGGUCGAAGUACGGGUUUCCAAAACACCAGGACACACAAAAAAGCUGAAUUUCUUUACAGUGGGGAAAGCGUUCACUCUGGUCGACAUGCCUGGUUAUGGAUACAAAGCCCCAGAAGACUUUGUGGACAUGGUUGAGCCUUACCUUCAAGAAAGAAAAAAUCUUAUGAGGACCUUCUUGUUGGUGGAUGGAGGUGUAGGACUGCAAAAGUUUGAUUUGGUUGCUGUGGAGAUGUGUGAAGAGUUUGGCAUUCCCUAUGUGAUGGUGGUGACUAAGAUAGACAAAAGCCGUAAGGGGGCUUUGCUGUCCUUCCUCCUGCAGCUCCGCGAUUUUAUAAAGGAUAAAACAAGCACGUGUUUUCCCCAGCCCUUUCUUGUGAGUUCAGUGCAAUACUCAGGAAUCCACGUCUUGAGAUGCUUCAUAGCACAUGUGACCCGAAAUCUCCAGCUGAGCUCCAAACUCACCUGAGAACCAUAAAAAGGACUAAAACACACAAUGACGAGAGACUGGUCUACUCU